CCGUCAAUCAAAUCUUUCUCCCCUCGCAAGAUGGCAAGACAGAGCCUGCUUGGCAGCUUUUUCUUUGCAGGACUCCUUUUUAACAGGAGUUUGGCCGACACCCUACCUGUCCUCACUCUCCCUGCGAUGGUUGGAAAAAUUUUUGUCCAUGAGUUGGAAAGAGAGGGCUUCAAAGAUGCCUUUCCCUCUCCCAUGGAUGACAAGGAACUGGCUGAAGUUCCCAUCACCUUCCAUGCCAACCUUCUAAAUCAUCCUGACCUGCCCCGGUGGCUGCGCUAUGUUCAACGCAAUCCCUUUGAAACAGGAUAUCUAUAUGGAUCUGCAACAAGUGAAGAUGUUGGUGAACAGACAAUUGAGGUGAUGGCAUAUAACAGGUAUACCUAUGAGACUGUGAGGCAAACAAUGAUCAUACAUAUUUUCACCUCUUCAGAUGGAGAGAUGCCGUAUCAAGCUGAGUUCUUGGUGAAGAACUGGGAUGUGGAGGAAAUGCUACCCAUCGAUGCCCAGGAACUUUUUCAGCAAGCUGUGGACAACAUGUGGGAACAAGAAGGCCUGACUAUCAUUAAUAUCACCUCAGCCUUAGACCGAGGAGGGCGUGUACCUUUGCCGAUUGAAAACAGGAAGGAAGGGGUUUACGUCAAAGUGGGUUCUACGGACCCAUUCACAGAAUGCUUAACGGAGGCCACAUCCCCAAACAACCGUUUCCGCUGUACGCUGGAGCAGCAGCCGGUCAUUUCGUGCCACGACAGCUUCAGCCCUCAAUUCCAGAUUGACUGGUGCAACCUUACUUUGGCCAGUCCCACCAGGAAGAAUGUCACGGUGCUGAUUUACGGAGAUGGGGUGCUUGAAGAAGGCAGCGAGUUCAAUCCUCCAGAUAGUGUUCCUGACAGGGAGUUCUUUGAUGACUUUCUCCUCACUUUUCUCCUUACUUUCCUCUUGGCGCUUCUCCUCUGUCUCAUCCUGGCCUACAUCAUGUGCUGCAGGCGAGAAGGAGUGGCCAAAAGGGACAUCAAGACCUCAGAUAUCCAGAUGGUGCAUCAUCAUACAAUCCAUGACAACACAGAUGAACUGCGGCAAAUGGCCAGUGGUCGAGAUGUUCCACGGCCCCUCUCCACAUUGCCUAUGUUCAACGUUCGCACUGGCGAGAGGACAAAUCCCAUGCCAAGUGGCCGCUUUGACAGUGCUCAGGUGCCUCUCAUCCUGGCUCAGCAGUGAACAUUUCCCAGGUCAUAUUGGAUUCUAUUUGUGGAAAGAUUCCUGUCAAAUACAUCUCUCAGUACAGACACAACUUUUUAAAGAGCUUGGAAUGACGGAUUUUGCUGUGUUGCUUCUUCUUCACUUUGAUGACUUUGGUGAUUAGGAUUUAGCUGGGAUGGUGAUGGGAAUGUGUUUCAUUGCUAUCAAAUCUCCUUGAGUAUAUGAAUGAAAAAUGUCCUUUGAUUAUCAUAUGGCAAAAUGGGGUAAUAAAAGUUUGAAUUUACUCUU